CUAGCAUCGUUUUCGUAUAGUUACUAUAACUGAUCUUUUUAAGGUUAUUGAUAUCACUUAAAUAAAUCAUUGUGAUCAAUGCAUAGUUAGAUCGCUUUAUUUUAAACAACAGGCAAUGUGGGGAAAAAAAUGCAAUGAGAGAAAAGAUGUGCAAAAGCUUUACCUGCUUUAAAUGAGAAAAACAAAAUCACUGUCCAUAAAGAGUUAAAGUCGUCGUUUAGCUCUCUGUCAGUUCUGACAGUUCGGGAAACUUUUGUUUCUUCUCUAGUAUGUAAAUUGACCCUCGGUUUCAGCGAGCCUAUUGGCUACGAGUCCGAGUCAAUUUCGUAUUUCAAACCUGACGUCAGGGCGGCUAUAAAACUCAGCAUUGCUUUUAUACUCCUAUGCUCGGUGAUCCUUUAAAAACUCUAGAACAAGCCCGGAGUACUUUUUUUUUUCCAGCCAAGCAUCCAGUUGCCAGUCACAUACAUGUUACGGUCUUCAUUUCAACGAAACUAUUGAGAGAGAGAGAGAGAAAAAAAAGCCAUGCAGUGUUAAAUGUUUGCGGCUCAAACGCGUCGACACUCGCGUACAAAGAGAGAAGAGCUAGAGACGCGCGCGCUCCUGCGUCUGUGCGCGAGAGGCGAAAACGCGUCAAUUUAAAAAAUAAAUAAAUAAAUCGGCGCUCGCGAAGCCUUUUCUUUGCUUUUGAAGAAUUAAAUAAAGAAAUCAAGCUGGCUCACGCUGUCUCGAACCCGACCAGUUUGACAGCUGCUCUUCACCCCCUUUGGAGGACUGUCAACAGCAAAAGGAUGGCAUCAGAACUGGCAAUGAGCAGCUCCGACCUGCCCACCAGUCCCCUGGCCAUGGAAUAUGUUAAUGACUUCGAUCUGAUGAAGUUUGAAGUGAAAAAGGAGCCGGUGGAGCCCGAUCGCAGCAUCAGCCAGUGCAGCCGCCUGAUCGCCGGGGGAUCCCUGUCUUCCACCCCGAUGAGCACGCCUUGCAGCUCGGUUCCCCCUUCCCCAAGCUUCUCGGCGCCCAGUCCGGGCUCCGGGAGCGAGCAGAAGGCGCACCUGGAGGAUUUCUACUGGAUGACCGGCUACCAACAGCAGCUCAACCCAGAGGCUUUGGGCUUCAGCCCCGAGGACGCGGUGGAGGCGCUGAUCAACAGCAGUCACCAGCUCCAGAGCUUCGACGGAUAUGCUAGAGGGCAGCAGUUCAGCAGCGCAGCCGGGGCGGGAGGCGCCAUGGCCGGCGAGGAGAUGGGAUCCGCCGCCGCGGUGGUCUCCGCGGUCAUCGCGGCCGCCGCAGCCCAGAACGGGACACCCCACCACCACCACCAUCACCACCACCACCCGGGCGGCCACCAUCCGACGCCCGGGAUGCAGUCCAACGGCAACUCCGCCAACCACCAGCACAUGCACCUGGACGACCGCUUCUCGGACGAGCAGCUGGUGACCAUGUCCGUGCGCGAGCUCAACCGACACCUCCGGGGGGUCAGCAAAGAGGAGGUGAUCCGGCUCAAACAGAAGAGGAGAACCCUCAAAAACAGAGGCUAUGCCCAGUCGUGUCGCUACAAGCGGGUGCAGCAGAGGCACGUCCUGGAGGGCGAGAAGACCCAGCUGCUGCAGCAGGUGGACCACCUCAAGCAGGAGAUCUCCAGACUGGCGCGCGAGAGGGACGCGUACAAGGAGAAGUACGAGAAGCUCAUCAGCAGCGGCUUCAGAGAAAACGGCUCGAGCAGCGACAACAACCCGUCGUCCCCGGAGUUUUUCAUGACAUCACGAAAGUUUCUACACCUGUGAUACGACCUCUGACCCCUGCCCUUUGCCCCUGCAGUCUGAGACAGUGUAACACUGGAAUGCUCCUGGCUUAGGGUGACCCAUGGCUCCAAGACUGCCACAAAGCACAACCUCUCCAAACUCUACCCCUGAUGAAGAUCACGAUGAGGAAGAUAGAGAAUUAAGGAUUAAGAGAAAUCAGAAACCCUUUAUCAUCCUGAGUGCCAUUCCUCAGCCUUACCCACAAUCCCCUUCUACUGAAUCUUCCCUGAUUUUACAGUCAGACGUUUCGCCAACAAUGAAAAAACGAAUUUGGAAAGUCUCGAGACAUCCCUGCAUGUUUGAUGAUGCAGUCCGGACAAUACAAGGAAUUCAAAACGGACCUUCCACUAGACACUUCCAGACCACAUGG